GUGGUCAGGACGAGAGGCACACUUCCUCACAAGUGACGGAGCCGCACAGACCUCACCUCAAGUCAGUCACAGUCACUGCCGUGACACCGCCGCGUUCAGACGCAGACGUCCUGCCCGUCCUGCCGCCCCCGAGCGCGCUCCGCAGGCCCGCGCCGCUACGUCGGGUGACCCGCCCCAUUGUUGCCGAGACGCCCUGCUGCUACGCCCGGCGCCGUCACCAACAUGCCAGUCGCGGACGAGUCCGUCGCCUUCCAGCACCGCCGGCACCACAGCCUGAGCUGGGACCUGGAGCAGAGCGAGGUGCCCUUCCAGUACGUCAAGCUCAGCAUGUUGUGGGACGACAAAGCUCCCCCGGAGAAUGCGCUGCAGGGCCUGCAGAACCGCGUGCUGUCGGAGCACGAGCUGCGCGUGCAGCGCUCGCUGCAGCAGCUCAACGUGCCCGACUGGUACAAGAACAGCGCGCGGCCCGCCGAGGGCUUCCUGCUCAAGCGCGGCUCGGCGGACGCGGGCGGGCAGCCCGGCACCGGGCGCGUCCGCUCGGCCGGAGGCUGGCCCGGGCUGGGCGUCAAGACCACGUCGCUGUCGUCGCUGCGCAGCCCAACCACAGCUGUGCGACUCGGCUCCUCGCCCAGCCCCCCUCCUGCGGCGUUCACCCGCUGGAGCUCUAGCAGGCUAGCGGGCAGCUGCAACGCCACGCCCAGCACCUCGCCCUGCGGGUCGGCGAGGUCCUCCUUCAACCACCGGCAGCCCUACCUGGGCUGGCGCUCGCAAGAGCGACUCUCGGGCACACCCAGGACGCCGGCCGAGAGGCUCGCCCAGGGCCUCCUCGAGCAGCGCGAGCAGCAGCGGCUGCAGCAGCGGCUCCGGCCCAACGGCGACAGCAGUCAGGCCCAGUCGUCGUCACCGAACCUCUCCGACGUGCGGUCUUCCAUCAAGGAGGUCACCUCCGCAAUCGUGCACUACGUGUCCGCCGCCAACGGCCCCGGGUCAAGCUCGGACGUUCGCGUCGGCGCGCCCGCCGCCUCCAACAGCGACCUCCGUGGCGGCCACCCCAGCGCGUCAACGGGCUCCACCCCUCGCGUGUGCUGGAUCGAGUCCUCGUUUGUGGGCUCGAGGCCCAUCGAGCAGCCGCAGACCCCCGACGAGAGCGUCGUGUCCACCUCGCCGCUGCAGCUCUCGCACCAGGACCUCUACCUGGACCUGAAGGACCUGAAGCAGAGGCCGUCCCCCCUUGGCCACGGCCACGGCCCCCACAACGGGCCCCACCAGAACCACGGGUCGACGGUGACUUCAGCAGCCUGCGCCGCCCGGCCGACCUCGCCGUCGCCGACGACACCAGCGGUGACGGCCUUGCACGUGCCCUACCGACCCAGCCCGUCGUCCACCACCAUGGAGGAUGUGCUCGACUCGCUGCUGGGACUGCCGCCCCCGAGCCGCUCGCCGAGUCCGGGGCCCGCCCAGCAGCAGGGGCACCCACAGGCACAGGGGCACCCCGCCGGCCAUGCCGCUGGCCUGAGGAGCUGUGCUGAUAUUAGGCCUGACCCCGCAGGGUCAGCUAGCGACGGCUGUCCGCCGGCUUGGGAGGACGUCGUCGAGCACCAGGAGAACGGCGUUGACGGUCCAGAUGAGCCCGCCGGCUGGGAGGCCUCCGACCUCGUGGCCACGAUCAAGGGCGUCGCCACGAGGCCGUCGCCGUCGGGAGGAGCGGCGCUGCCGGGUUGGGGUGACCCUGGCGGGGACGGCCCCGCGCCGCCGCCCACCCCGAGACCACCGGGCUGGCGGGGCACCGCCGUGGUCAGCGUGGUGGCCGAGGAAGGCGCGGAAGAGGCCGAGGGCGAGGCCCAGUUUGCUGCCGCCGUGCUCACCAUGCCGCUGGACCCGGCGCCGCCGGGACACCGUCGCCGGAGUGAGAGCUGCGCGGAGCAGGGCGCGCUCCAGGACGACCCCCGCGGCAGCAGGCGGCGCGCGGCGCGGCCGCGGCGCGUGUCCUUCGACCUGGGCGCCACCGGGGCGGGCUGCGCGGGUGGCGCGGGCGACGCAGGUGUGGUGGCGUGCCGCCGCUACGGCUGCGGCCGCGUAGUGGAACGGCCCAAGUCGUGCCACAACUGCGCUCACACCUACUGCAGCCGCGAGUGCCGGCGCGAGCACUGGGAGGCGCACAAGCGGGCGUGCGCCGUGCGCCGCGUGGGCGGGCUGCUGCGUCGCGUCGUCGCCAAGGUGCGCGGCGACACGGCGGCCAUCUCGGUUGUGGCGCGGUGGGGCUUCGAGCGCCGGGGCCGCGGCGCUGUGCGGCUGCUCUUCCACAGCACGGACGCGGCCGAGGCCUACGCCGCCGGGGAGGCCGAGGCCGGCGACGUGGGCCAGGAGCUGGUGUACGUGCGCCGCGCGGACCUGCCCGCCGAGGAGCUGGGCUGGUCGCUGUACGAGGACGUCAACCGCCUGUGCCACUCGUACAACCCGGCCACGCGCGCCGUCACGCUGGUCGUGCUCGAAGUGCUGAGCGAGGCGCCGUCCGACGACGGCGUCGUCAUGUGGGAGCGCCAGCUCAUCUCCAGAGUGUUCCGCGUACACCUGUUCGCCGAGGACGAGCAGGACUUCACCAUCAUCUUGCUGAACGCGGUCAUCGCCGAGGUCACCGAGCGGCCUGUCGUGCUGCGCAACAUUGUGAGGGCGGUGAGCCGCACCGGGGUCGACCUUCGCGACGAGGAGCACGCGGACGCUCUCCGGCGGGUGCAGGAGUACAUGGAUCAGGGUAUAGGCCGCGAGGACGUCGACGGCAUCGAGACGCUCGUUUUGGACGUAAAGAAGGAGCCCGGUGGUCGCGUCUUCAUCGCACUCGUCGCGGAUCCGGCGUCGGACAUGACUAGCGUGGCCAACGCCCCGGACUACACCGAGCUGGUCGACGUCGGCUUCAAUCAGCCCUUGAACCUGGCCUCAGCCUCGACCUCAGCCUCCGCCUCGACGACCGCUUCCACCGCGGCCUCCUUCGACGUGGAGGAGGAGUGAAUUUCUUCGGGAGCAAGGCCUCGAAAGGGCUUGUGUGAACCUAGCGUUUCGUGAGCUGCUGGCCCUGGCCGCGAGGGCCUGGACCAGAGCCCCGCCCCCGCCGUCACCCUUCCAGACUUCCAGAGGGGUGGCCCUGGAGGCAUGAGGCUCCAGGCGGCGGAGCAAGUGGCACUCCUGGAAAGAGGCGCCAACCCACGUGUUGAACUGGAGAGGACCUGUGCUGUUUGUUAGUCACUGAGAGGCAUUUUAAUGGUUUCCCAUGAAGCUUCCAAAGGGAUACUGACGAAGUAUGUAUGAAAUAACAGACUGGUGUGUAAUUUCCAUGUUUUGACAGACUAUUGAGAAUUUUAUAAAAUCUGUUAUCAAAAACAUAUCAGCCUCUUUUUUCCCUUUAACAAAAAGAAUUUCAAAAAUGGAGGGCACUUUGGUAUAGUCAUACCUUAAAUAAGCACAGUUAUUAUAAAACAAAUAUUGAACAUUCCAAUUUUCAUCUAUAUGCUGGUAUUAUAAAACCAUCUGUGCCAAAAUUAAGAUAUCAGCAAGAGAAACAAAGCCAUACUGGCAUAGGUGUUGCUGUCUCUUUAAACCUCUCUGAGUAGAAUACCAACAAUCGCACAAGAGAGGAAUAUGCUUUAAGAAUAUUAAUAGGAUUGUUUACUUUACUUUCUUUUACCAUUUGCAUUUUUGUUCAAUUUAAAAAUCUCCAACAGAUAUUUAUAGAAAAUUUUGUAGAUAGCUUGUUUCUCCCCAAGGUCUUUUCUGUCUAUCUACAUUGGUUUCUUUUAAUCUUCGUCUUCUUAAUGAAAUACCUUAAGAAAUUUCAGUUUUGUAAAGGGAUAUGUACACUGUGUACUGUUGAUUAUAUACUUUUUAAAUUGUUACUAUUUAUUAUAAGGUGUUUUUGCUGUGAUGUAUCUUUUCAUUGGAAAUAUUUCUUACCAAAACUUUUUUGAAUAUUUUGCUUUCAACUCAGCAGAUAUAUGCAAAAGUAUUGACUGUUAGUUUCUAUCUACCAAAGAGGUAACGCUAUCUUUUAGGUCAGAUUUAAUAUAGAUACUGUAUUCAUAUCUGAAUGGGAUAUGAUACACAACAUCAGUUUUGCUUCUACGAGAAGGUUGGAGUAUAUUGAAGGAUUUUAAUACUCUUAACCAUAUCAGAAUACACAAAACUGCUUAUGAAACCUUGUAUCAAAUAUGGAUCAAUUAGCUCAAACAAUGCAAAACAUUACAAUAGGUGAGUGCUAAAAUUACUGUAGGUAUUACUGAUGUUGUCAAUCACAGUUUGAAGCAUUAAGUGCCAAAAGCACAUGUUGUGGAUGCAGGUAAAAUGACUUAUUGGAAUUAAAAACCAUCACCUAGAAUUUUAUUCAGUAACAGUAUGUUGCAAGCAGGCUGAAAUCGAAACUAAUUUGAUGGACCGCAAAGUUUUACGAAGACUCUAACCAAACCAUGGAAGCUGUGAUGUAUUUCUCAGCUGGUGCCACAAAAGUAAAAAUACUACAGAGCAUGGCAUGGAAUUAAUAGAAAUCAAAAUAAUUGCCUAAGAACCAGAAAAUUACUUUAUUUUCUUUUAAGAAGAGAGAUAAGUUAAUCAGGGUAUCACAUGGUUUCAAAUUAUGGCACUACUUUCAAACUCCAGCUGUUAGAAAAAUGAAAUGACUUAUUUUGCUGAUAAUCAUGAAUGGAAUACUGUUUUUCUAAAACAUAUAGAGAGCAACAUGUAUAGAAAGAUUUAUUCUGCUUAUCAAAUAAUUUUACAUAUAGAGGUACUUCUCUCUCAUGACAUGUAGAGCAAACCUUUUGAAAGCAACUGCUCUCCUGGAAUACUGCUUCUUAGUCAAUGCUCUUGUUUUACACCAACUCUACGAGUAGGACAUACUAAUGUCAAAGUCUUAAAGUACCUUCAUAGGAAAACAGACUGUUGCCCUUACCUUUAAUACAUUGAGAUGCUGAGCAUUUAUGCAUACUGUUAAGAGUUAAGAGGCUAAUGUUUUAAAUAAGAAAAUCCUCUUGACAUGCCUUUAGAAAUUUUUCUAAUGUUUAAAUUCAAGAGCAUGCUAUUUAAUAAAUCUUUAUGUAUAUAUUUGUUGAAAAUAUAAAUUGUGUUUCAUAAUAUGAA